ACGAAAUUUUUGGUUGUUAUCCGAAAUGUUUGCUGUCGAAGGCGUUCACUAGCCGAGGUUCCACUGCAUUAAGAGGAAUGUUUUCUUGCUGCAAUAGACCAGUCAGCCUUACAUAAAUAACUAAUAUCCAAAGCUCAGAGCUCAGAACAUAGAAUUGAUCUUGCGUCCACAUCUAAAACUAGAAAAAUAAAAAGUAUUGCAUAAGCUCAAGUGAUUUUGGAGUGAUUGAGAUAUACUGAUUAUGCAAUAUCUGUUUUUAGCAAAGAUGUUUGCACCAGUCUUUAAAAUUAGUAAAUUUAAUCUUGUAUAUGAAGCAAAGCAUAGUAAUGUCUGUGGUGGGGGAGGGGAGCAGCCCUUAAAGCCUUUUACAAAUCCAUACUGUUUGUAUGAAUCUCUCUAAAUUUGGCAGGAAUAUCACUAUCGAUUAUAGCUUAGUCAUCAGCUGUUUGGCUAGUGUAAAGUGUGCCAGAGCAUGUUUAUAUUUGAUGCUUAUUUUCUCUGUUAUAAUCUAAGCUGUUACUUGUGUCUCAAAAUAGUCAACUUUGUAGAUAAAGAACUUGUUUCAUACCUUUACCAUGCACACAGAACAUGGACAGUGUCUUAAAUUAAGAUGGUACCAAUAAGAGAGAGAGAGAGAGGGGGAUGGGAAGGGGUAGACAAGGAGCUGUUCCCAUGGCAACUUAAAACAUCAUGCACCCAUUACUGAUCAUGGACUGUCAAGCUGGGGAAGGGAUAUCAAAAGUCCAUAUGUUAGACCUUCUUGGUACACUGAUGGUGUGCAUAAAUAAACUUAAAUAAAGCAAUAGAUCAAAAGUUCACAAUAAAAGUAAUGCCAUGAGCCUAUUUAAAAAAAGGUUAUAUUUAAUGAUACAGCCCAACACCUUAUUGGUUAUAUUUGGGGGUUGGUGCUGGCUUUAAUUUUUUUUUUUUAAAUGAUGCCCUGAAACUUAUUUCCUGAAUAAACCUACACAGAAAUUCACUGACUGAACUGCAUCUCCAGCCAACAUUCAUUUGCUGAUUCUUACUGUAAAUUCUAAGAUGGAAUUUGACAAGAAAUAGUAUUGCAAGCUCCUUUUUUGACUAAACUUUUCUUUACUCUUGCAGAUCUGUUGACAGUUAUUUGCUGGCCUAGCAGCAACAGAAUUCACUUGUUUUUUUCUAUUUCGCUACUUAUUCUUCAACAUGAAUCCCAAAGCCUGCAUUUUGAGUAUAACUGCAAUAUAUUUUCACAGUUUUGUGUGCCUCAGAACAUUCACAUUGUCAUGGGGGUAAAUAGAAAUAUCAGUGUGUGCAGUCUUCUGCAAUGGAAAAAGGAUCUGGCUUGUGUGUAAUUGAAGAAGCUUGUAAACCCUCUUCUUGCAUUGAUCGACUAGAACUUGAGGUGAACGAGUCAGCAGAUUCUGAUGUAAGUAGCACUGAACCUCAUAAGCAUACUGAUUUUUGGACAGCGGAUAUAUCUUCUCACCAUAUGACUUUACUUUCACCUGCUAGGGAGAAGGGCACUGGAUUUGAAAAAGAGGAGGAAACAAGUUCAGUCUUGUGCGUGACCAAUCCAUGUGUUAAAAAUGUUGAAGCAGCUAAGAACACAGGAACACCUGAGAUUGUAUAUGUCAUGGAGCCACACCCCUACAUAAAUCGUGGGCAGUGCAAUAUUUCCGAAGACAUAGCAAGGAAUCAGACACACCUGUCAAAUCCACCCAGUGAUGUACCUGUGGAGUGGAUAGGCAUGAUGAGGCACAAUGAAGGGGACAGUUUGAAUAAGAUGGUAGUCCAGUCAGUCAGUGAUCAACCAGUCAAAACAAUGAAGGUCCAGACAGUUAUGGGUCACACUUCAAAAGGUGGGAAAGGAUCAGAGGUCAUGACAUGCAUGCAGCAAUGUUCUGUAGAAGACAUUUCAUCAAUCAUUAGACAGGUGGAUGCUGUUUCUAUUGUAAUCAUCAGCGACAACACAGAUUGGCUACAGCAGGUGCAGUCAUCAUGUGUAAGUGCAGAAAAUGCUCCUGCUGAUGAGAUAAAUCUUGUAGUGCCUUCUGACAAUGAUAUGGAAAUGGAUGCCACAUCCUGCAAGAGCGAGUCUCACUUGGAACCUGUCAGAGAAAAUGUACUAGACCAGGGGUCACAGCCUUUUCCUGAGAAGGAAAAUAAUGUGUGCACAUCCUCAAAACACUUAGUGCUCAAGCGUCCUCGACAGCCUUCAAGCAGCAGCCGAGAAUCAAAAAUUCCAAAACUUAUAACAGACAGUGAAAAAGUGGAAAGCAGAGAUCUGAUUAAAGCUGGAGUCAGUGCUUGUGUCCAGGAGCAGAUCAGUGAUUCUAACAACAGUUGUUUACAGACGUCUGCUCCUUCACCUGACACUGAACCAUUCUCAGACAGUCAGGUCUCAACCCCAAGCCUGACUGCACCUUUUAGGCAGAUUAGUCCAAGAUCUCUGCAAUCAAAGCCUGCUGACUUCAAACUUCAAUUAGUCAGAAAUGCUGACAACAGGAACAUUUUCAUCUUCCUCCUCAGCCUGAGGCAUCACACAUGUCUUCUACAGAGUUAUCUCCUGCUAUGGUUACCUUCACUGAUGCUAAAGAUCAAGAACAUCAGGGUGACUCUCAGGGUGGAAAAGAGCCUACUGGUCCUGGCUGUUUCUGGAACACAAAGUAUAACACAAGAAGUCUCUGAUGCUGUUACCGAGUCCUGCAAAGAAAAGAUCAGGAUCUCUGGACUCGAGGUUAGUAUCACUAACAGCAAAGGAGAGUGUCUUGGGGAGGUAGGAGUGAUGUACCGUUGCACCGAAUGUGAUUACGUCAGCAGCAACAAGCACUACUAUAAGCAGCAUGUGGACCUUGUCCACAACACUACACGACCCUACAAGUGUCCUUAUUGCGACUAUGCUGGGAAGCGGAGUCAUGCCUUGCGUGAGCACUUACUUGUGCACUCUGUGCAGCGGCCUUUCAGCUGCACCCAAUGCAAUGCCACGUUCCGCAAAAAGGGUCACCUAACCAAUCACACAAAGCUUCAUGCUACCACAACAGGGGCUGCUGCAGUGGCAGGUAUGUCUUCUUCUGACACAGCAUCACUCAUUGGUGGCAGUUUUCUUGGAAAAGUGCCUGCUAGCACGUCAUUUAUCUCUAGCCCUACCACAAGCAUAUCUCCUGCAAGGAUAACACCAUCAGUGUCACCGGUUUUGAGUAGCAGUAUUGGGGUGCUGGGCAACAUUGCUGUUGAAAAUGCUGGUGCAGCACAGGGAAUGAGUUCUACUGCUGCAUCACAGGUUUUGGGAGGAAGUGCCAUUUCUGAAGACAAAGCAAGCAAUACGUCAGGAUUAUGGUGCGCACUCUGUAACCAUGCCAUGGCAGAUGCCAAGACCUUUGAGAUGCAUUUGCAGACAGUGCAUAAGACUGAUCGACUUUACAUGUGUGAGACCUGUGACUACGUGGCAUCAGAUAAAGCUGGCAUAAUGUCACACUUACCAACUCACCUAGAAACCUCCACAUCUGCAAAUGACUUGCUGUCCUGUAAUGCCAGCAGUGUAACCCAACCAUCCACCUCAAAUAUCACUGUGAUUUAUACAUGUGCUGAGUGUGGAUUUGAAUCACAGACACUGCAGAUAUUGCGGACCCAUGCACUGAAGCAUAAUGCUGGGGCAUCUCCACUGGAUGGUCAGGAGGAGUCCAGCACGACUGAGGUCCUUGAGCAGCCAUUGCAGAAGGUAGUCUGUGCUGUUUGUGGUCUUGUGUCUGACAGCACAGACAUAAUGAGGACACAUAUGUGGAGUCACAUAACUGCAGGUGCAGAGUCUGUGGCAGAGGAACAGAGAACAACUAGACCUGUUAACCAGGAUGGAUCAGAGCAGCUUCACAUGGCCUUGCCAGUUUCAGGGGGAAACCCUGUGCAAAUACUCCAAGAUGCAGUAACAGCCCCAGCAGGCCUGAAGGUACUGCCUCACAAUGCAGCCUUCCAGUGCACAGAAUGCAGCUUUGUUAGCCGCAACGCAUCGCUGUUCAUUCGGCACAUGCUGCAGCACAAGACUCAGCAGAGCCAGGCUUCCAGAGCACAGGUGCAAAGUGUGCAAAAAGUGAAUAGUCCUGCUGUAAGCAUCCCAGCACAGACUGGAUCUCCAGAGAUGGCUAUCAAAAUGACUCAGUCCUAUAAAGUAAAGCCAGUCACCACAGAGAAUACAUGUCAGAAUACUGAAUCAUCUCCCUUUGUGCAUGAUGAGGCCACUGGAAGAUUUCGCUGCACAAUCUGUGGCUAUACUUGUGAAUAUCAGCGCACAAUCAAAGCCCAUAUAUGGAAGCAUUCAGGCCAUCAACAGGUGGACUACCCCAUUUUUCAGAAUGGACCACUCAGCAUGUAUGAUGAGCCGGCACCAGCAUCUUUCACUUCAAUCGGCUGUAGUCCACAGUUUUCUAAUACCACUUCAAAGCCAUCUGUUGUUUUCUCAUCAGCAUCAGAGCAUCACAAGCCGCCAGUGGUCAUUGUUACAAAGUCAAACACUGGCAUCACCCCUUCUCCCCGCAGUGUGCAGUUUGUUACUAAAGACGGGGUUCCAACUGCAGCUCCAUCUGGUAUCUAUAAACUAACUCCUGUCUUCCAAAUAUCAGCCAGUAAUCCAGCUCCCCUAUCAGCCAACAAUUCUAAUAAGCACAUAGUCCUUCAAGUUCAAAGUGGCUCAGCUGAUGGCAUCACUGCUUCUACUGACGGUAACAUGACCAAGGCAGUUCAGCAAAGCAAAGCAGCAGAGGAGCUAACAGCAGCUUGCAGAGUUAGUGGCAGCAGCAUGAAUGAGAAAACUGCAAACAAGGAGAGUUGUAUCAUUGAUUGUAGGAAAGUUUCAAACACUGAUGUGCUCACUGGAAAAGCCAGGACCAACACAGUCUCCUCAGAAUCUGAACAAUUGAUUGGUAGAUAUGCUUCUCCAAACCAAGAGCAGCCAGAUGUCAUGUGCAGCACAGCUAAUGCCAGGAAGCUAGAGCUCAUCAAAGAGGUUUCUAGUGUACAUGCCAUUAUCAAAGCAAGUGAUCACUUUGGGGAGAUCAUCUAUCAUGCCUGCUGCAAACCAUCAAGAAACAGCAUCAGAGGUACCUCUCCCUACCAAAGGGUGCAGUCAAGGACAGGCUACUCUUCCAAAUUCAUCUAUCUCAAAGUUGUCCCUGAGCAAAGGAGAGAGGGAACGGGGGAAAAGUCAGUGUUUUUGCAGGGAGAAAGUGCAGUGUUGAUGACGGGAGAUGAAAAACCUCUGGAUGUGGAAGGCAUUUUUUGUUCAUCUAAGGGGACAAGUAAGCUGGCAGAUGGCUGUUCAGUUCAGUCUCAACAGGGGCAUCACCUUGCUGGUUCUUUGCCACCAAAUGUAGUGGUGGAGGUAGUUCCUGCAGUCUCUUCAGGUGCUGAUUUAACGGGACUUCACAGUCGAUCAAAUAGCCCACGGUCACUGCAUGGCAUGAAGGGAUCUCCUGCAUUUGAAGGUAGCAGCCAAGAGGCAGCAUUGACAGCUCACCCUGAGACCAGGAGGUCAAGCUCAGAGGAGAUAGUAGGGGACAAUAUAGGGAUUCUCAAGAAAAGCAAGGGGGAGUCCAGGGAAAGAGAUGUACCAGAUGAUUCAAGAAAUUCCUUGCAGCCAAGAGGCAGUAGCAUUGCCAGAGCUGGAGACAAUGUAGAAAAGACUUCUGAAGCAGGCAUUCAACUUGGUCAGUCCAACAAAAGUGAACUGGCUGUUACACUUUUGUCCCUAUUGCAGAAAGAGCCCAAAAUAGAGCCUGCAUGUCCUCAGAGAUCUCUCAGUACAGAGGAGGUACCUGAUGAAGCUGCAGCAUCUCAGGAGUCACCAUCUCGACCUCCAAGCACGAUGUCUGACACUGAUUCGGCUUCAAAGGACACGGCCUAUGGGGAUGCUGGCUCAGAAGAUCUGACAUCUGAAGGAGAAUCAGCAGUUGUGGGCAGGGAUCAUGGCAGAGGCGGCCGGGGCAUUUGCUCCUCAUUGUUGGCUGUGAUUGAGCAGCUUCGUGAGCGCUCAAAGUCAGAAAGUGAUAUUGAAGACAAAUCUGCUCAGAAUCAUCCUCCACCAAAAAAGCGCUCGUCACGGCGACGUCAAAGGGCAUUACAUGAUGAUGCUUUGGUGAUGGAAGACUGUGCCAACAUUGAGCAUGUUACAGCAGAUGAUGGGGUUGCCUACCGGUGUAAACUGUGCCAUUACACUAGCUCACGGACGCCACUGAUACGCUUACACAUGCGCACUCAUAGGCCCAAGGAACCAUUUGAAUGUUCCUUGUGUACCCUGGUGGCUGAUUCCAAUGAAGAACUUCAAGAGCACAUGAUGCAGCACUGUAAGGCCCGCACCUACCCCUGUAAAUUUUGCCCACAGUUGUUCAACCACAAGUCCACCCUUCGAGCCCACAUGCGUGCUCACAAUGAUGCUGAUCCAUUCCUGUGCGAUCUCUGUGACUUUGAGACCUCAAGCCCCUUAGAGUAUAGGGCCCACAUGCAGAAGCACUCAAGCCGUGCCCUGAUCCGGUGUCCUAGGUGCCCAGCCAUCCUUACUUCACGCCAGGACCUUGGGCUGCACAUCAGAAGUGGCUGUCCCAUGAAAGGAUCAACAAGGAUUUGUGGUAGUCCUGGCAGGGAUGACAAUGCAAACAAUAGCUUGGGGAUGGCUCUUGCUGAGGAGAAUACUGGCAGCGAGCAGCUUGCUUGUUUGCGUUGCGGGUUCAGAACGCAUGAUGUGAAGGAACUGAAAGAGCACGUCAGUAGUCAUUUGGUGACAGGCAGCAUGGGGUCAGGUGUAGGGUGGGUUGAGGUGGAUCCUCUCAAGGAACCUCUCCAGGAACCUCUCCAGUGUGCCCUCUGUGACUUCACAGCUGUGUCCACUCGCAGCCUCAAGUCUCACAUGAAGCGGCAUGCUAACGACCAGCGGUAUGUCCAGCAGCCCCUGGAGCAGUACAAAUGCUCAUUGUGUGGCUACAUCUGCCAUCACCUGCCUUCUCUGAAAUCCCACAUGUGGCGCCAUGCCUCAGAUGCCAACUACAGCUACCAGUUCACCAAUGAUGUCAUUAAUGCAGCUAUUGACUAUGACACACGAGCAGAUGUCUCAUCAAUCCCUGGCAGCCCUGUUGCUGCAGCAGACACCAGUGAUACCAAUGGACCUGAACUUUUGGAGAAAGUGUUCUCAGCAGAAAGGCGUAUUAUCGAAGGACAGCUCAGCAAAACAACAGGUGGUGCUAGGCCAGUGUGCUGGGUAACCUUUUGUUGCUGCCAGUGUGGUUUCGAGACCAUCAACAAAGCAAAGCUGAACCUACAUAUGCGCACCCAUGCAGACAUCAUAAACCGCACACUUAGGAUAGGCAGCACCCAGGGCAUUGAUGGGAUUAUUCAGUCUCACCAAGGAGAGAACGUGAAGUGUCUGGACCCAUCAAAAUGAAGAUCAUUUAUGAGUCAGUGUAAUCAGAGUUGUUUUUUUUUGUAUUCCAGUUACAUUUUAAAUAGUAAGCAAAUAGUUAUGAUAGAAAUUAGCAUUAUUGAUCCAAAGACUUGAUUCAAGAGUGAAGGUGUGAUCACACAUGCUGUCAUUUGUGUGUGCAGUUCAUAUUGAUAUCUCUAUUAAUUCUUUCAUAUUUUUUUUAUAUAAGACUUUCAGCUAGAAACUGAAAUGAAUCAUAUGAUCCUAAUGAAAAAAUGUUGUUUCUGACUAAUAGGAAGUUAAGAUCUUGUUUAUUAAACCUGCAUGUUUUUGAUUUUCAGAAUAUUCUUCCUUGGAAUUAUAUCACUGUUUGUGUGAUGGGGAAGGAUUUGACUGGCAGGAUUGUAAUAUAUUUUGACUAAAAUGAUACAUGUGAUGUGUACAUACAUGUUCAUGCACACAGUUACCGACAGGUGAUGAUCAACAGAUUGGAUCAAAUUUAUUCUAAAAGGUUAGCUGACAUUAACUAUGCAGGACUAAAACUAAGUAUUUUUUUUAAUGUGCCAUCAGAAUCUUCUUAUUUGUUGUUCUUGGUUAUCUAGAAAUAGAAAUAAAAUGCAGUGUGUCAAACUGAUGGAAUAUUUUUUUAUUUUUUUUUGAUUCAUUCACCUUGGUGAACAUAUUGAAAUUAGGUAAUUUAUGUACAGUUGGGGUUUCUGUGUAACAAUUUCCAGUGAAUCCCAGUUUUGUUGUAAUUUGCAUUUAAACAAGGGGAAAAUGUAGAACAUUCUUAAUUAUGCAUUCUUUACAGCUGAAGAGUGGCAAUGGCCAUGGGUUCUUUUUGCCUGUCUAAGGUUUGUUGCAAGCUAAAUCGAAAUGUUUAUUGCUAUGUUUAUGAAUGCAAAACAAUGAAGUUAGGAUUAAUUUUUUAAAUAAAACUAUGUUAAACAAUGAUCUGAACAGUCAAGCUGGAAUAUAUUUACAUUUUUUUAAUUUUUACAAAGUGUUGAGUUGACUAUGUUAUUAUUUACCUGUUGGUAAUUGUUUGGAUAUAUUUUGCUUUUCAGAACUUUUUAUGUGCAGUAUGUUUAAUAUACUUAAGUUUUGAGUUAAACUGGAUUCUGGGAGAGGAAUUUAAGGGCAUUUUGAAGGGGCGACAGGAAUAAAAGAUAAAGGAAAAGACCGUCCAACCUUAUUUGCAUAAUCUCAAAGAAUCUGGUACAGCUAUUAACUUGCAUAAUUUAUUUUUCCAUAGACAAGGGGUGAAAAGAGUAGGAACCAUUUUUCAAGCACUCAUGCUGCAAACAUUUCAGGGCAGAUUGUUAAAAUUUGUCGUUUACUGUGUAUCAGCUGAUGCUGCCUUCAGCGAGAACAGAAAAAUAUGCAGUGUAGUAUUCCCAGGCUUUUAGUCAGGUAAUUAGCUAUAGCUUGCACUAUUACCUUAAUAACUCAUUUAAAUGCUAUGCAUAUAUUGUCAUUUUACCCAUCACUCUUAAAAUUUCCUUUUAUUGGUGUUCUAUCAUUUUCCUGCUUCUAGCUUUAUUAGAAUGUACAUGCAAACAUUUAUCUUGUUUGUUGUAGGGGAUUUUAUUUUGACACAUUCUUGGGCAGCCUGUAUAGUCUAACUACCUUGUAUUUUUUUUUUUUCUAUGGUCUUAGAGAGAUGAAUGUGUUGAUGUCAAGAAUUUUACAAGCUUAUGAUUUAUCAGUGUAACAUUUAAUAACAGAUUAGGUUAAUAAUUUCACCAAAUGUGUGUCUGUGCUUUUGUUUAAUUUGGCUGAAGUUUUAUCCUUUCUUUUUAUGUUGUCGCUGACAAUACAUGUAUAAAGUUUAUCCACAAUCCAAGAUUUUUCUGUCUCUGUAACCUGAGUUGCAUACAUUUCUCACUAGCAGACUAUGACACUCAGGUAUCAGAAAACCCAUCCCAAAUGAUUCGCUCAAGACCAUCCACUCCCCGCAGUUUGUGCUGUAAACUCAGUAUAUGUAAUGCUGAACAAUAAUUUGGGUUUUGUUUUUUUGUUUUUUUUAAGUGAAAAUUUAUCUUAGUGGAGAUUUUUCAAAGUUGUAAUGGUUAGCUCUAAUCUACUUUUUCUUGACUGUACUACACCAGUCUGUACACAGUUAUCAUGUCUUUUGACCCAAGGCAGCAGACACAUCCUGCUUCAAUCACCACCAGCAACUUUCAGUUGUGCAUGUUAUUGUACCUCUUGAAUCAUUUUCAUGAUUACCUUUUCAUGGCAUGGAAUGGUCACUUUUUUUCCUUUGUCAUGAUAUGCUUUAAUGUUGGUCUGAUACUUUUUUUCCGUUUGUUCACAUAUCUUGUUAAUUCUACAGUUCUCACAUAUUUUUACCUGUGAGAAUGAUUGCAGUGAAUCUACAAUAUUUUAAUCUGUUAUGUGCCUUUAUUUUCAUUUUUGAGCAAGUCUUGUGUGAAAAAAUAGUUGUUUUUUUUUUUUUUGCUGUUGUUGUGGUCUUUAAAUAUGCUGGUGUGCCGUAUUUUAGCUUUUCUAUUUUUGGUACAAUGCAGCUUUUACUUUUUGGUGUUAUUGUGAACAACCUCAUUUAGCUGUGUUGUUAAUUUUAAUCUGAUUUUAAUAUUACAGUGUUUUGUUAAUGUGUAAUGAUGCUGUUGUCCUCUAAUAUGUCCUUCCCACCCCAUGUAAUUCCAGAGUGAUUAAAUGUAAAUAGUAAUAGGAUUAGUUUUUAAAUCAAACGCAGCAGCAGGAACUCUAUUUGUUUAGUUGUUGUAAGACUAUCAUUUUUAUAAAAAGGUAUUGUGAACAAGAAUUUACAGGUCAGAACAAGCUCCAGGAUUUUUUUUUUGUCAGUUUCUUUUUCUUUUGUUUUCAGAAGAAGUUGGGGGUAGUUCUUUUGUUGGAUGUAAUGAAAAAUUGCUUCAUUUCUCUAGACUCUAUGAGAAGUUAGCAUAACAUUAUUUGGUUGUUAAAAAAACCUUUUGUGCUGAUAAUGAGGUCUACUCUUAUCAUGGUCAUACCUUUUGCACAGUUCCCUCUUCGGUUCUUUAAAUGAGGAAAGUAAGUGACAGUGAGUCACACAAAAAAUGUCUCCGCACACUGAAUUUGCCAACCCUAUGACUAAUGGAUAAUUUUUGGAAGGCAUACUAAAUGAAGAAUUGCAGCUGUAAUUGCCCUUUUUGUUUUUAAAUCGUACAAUUGUCAGACAUCUAAAUCAUAAAACUGUAGGAAAAAAGUAGUGAUAAGUGAGUAUACAAGUUGUUAAUUAUACAUUAAAAAGCAUCUGUAAUGAGAACUUGGCAUUAAUGUUUACAAUAAUUAGUAGGUAAAUUAUUACAUAUCUGGUAUGUUUGUGGAGUUGAUGUGUUCAUGCUUCUUUAUAGUUUGACCUUUUCCCUCACACAACAUAAAGAUGAGAAAUUCUUCUCAACAUGCAUGGCCAGUAGAGUUUUAUUUGUUAGUUUCAAGGUCACAUUUACUUAUCAGUAUUUGUACCAAAGACUUACAACAUAUUUCAUGCAACAUUGUGUGUGCGAAAAGGAGCAGUCACCUGUGAGAUUGUGAUUCAUUGAAUUGUGUUUGAUAUUUCUUUUUUUCCUGUUCUGUAUUGUUAAUUAUCCAUUUCAAGUCAGAACAGAUUUUAUCAUCAGAAGUAAGAUAUAUAGACACUUUUAACACCUCCUUGUUAGUUUUCCCAUAAUGAUUAUCCAGAGUCUGCAACAUGCUAUGGUAUCUGGUGCAUAGAUUCCUUUGCUGAUAAACAACUUAUUUGAACAUGGUAUAGUUAACAGCACCAAUCUUUUUUUUUGUGUCUGAUGGAACAUUUUUUGUUUUAGGAUAUUAUUAUGGUAAAUAUGGAAGAUCUAGAAGCUUCACGAUUUGCAAGUUGAAGAAGGGACUUGAGUAUGUUUUCAGAAUUGAAUCCUGCAUGUGCCCUCAGGAAAUCUUUAACUUUUUCAGAGCAUGUAGUCCACUCAAAUGUAUGCAGAGUUUAGUGCAAGGGCUUUUUGUGGAGGAGGAAAUGAUGAUGAUAAAUUACAAGAGAAACAUCAUUCCUGGAUUGGCAGCACUUCAGAGCCAAAAAAAGUUUGAACGUUUUUCAGCUGAGGCCUUUGACCUUACCCCACCAAAUCCCUGUGCCCAUUUUUAGUCAUCUGAUUGAUGCCUAGCCUUCAGUCUUCCUGUUGCAGAUUAUCUACAGUUGUUUGCUGUAGUCAUACAGAAACAGUCUAGUCAAAACUGGAGCUUAAAACCAGUUACUGUUUCAGCAAUCUCUCACACACAUUAUAAAGUGAUUGUCUGGGGGAAGUUCUCACUCCAGAAUCUCAAAAUAUGAAUAUUAUCAUGUGUAGCUUAUAGAUUAUUUUGUUUUCCUCCUGUCAACAUUAACCUUCAUGUGCAUUUUACUUUGUUCAUUUAUAUAUAUUAAUUGCUUGUAUUUUCUUUUCUUUUAGUUUCCGUCCCUUAAAAUAAAAAUUAAACAUACAGCAAUCUGUCAUUUGCUUUUUUUCU